UUACGUUCGGUCACAUUUUUAAAAACUGAUAUAUUCCUCUCGAAUGACUAAGAGUAUCGCGUCAAAACGUCAACUAUAGUUUAACAUGACAAUGACAAAAUGGGAUUAGUAACCAAAUACAAGCACCAUUAAUUAAAUUGUUGAAAAUCAUACGAGGCACUCGUAUAGUGUAUAGUUAGGGAUCGAGUAGACUGUCAUGUUCGGAUAACGUGCUCGCGACGAAACUGUGACGACUCCGAUCGCGUCAGUAGAUAAAUUGUACUAGUGAGUAUAAAGUGAGAACUCGCGAUAAAAUCGGCUCAUAUUUCAUGUGACGACGAAAGGCAGCGGUCGUGGUGCUCACAUGGAAAAAGAAACUCUAUCUCGAGCAAACUAACGAAGCUGUGCUUCAAGUCAAUCAAAACACUGCUUCUUCAUUGCAUUUUGACAGUGAAUGGAAUAAUUCUUUAAGUGAUCUUGGACAGUGCAAUCUCAAUUCAAAUAUGGCUCCACAUAAAACGACAACAGAAGUUUAUGGACAACGCGAACAAAUAGAUUUCAAAGGUUUGGAGCCACUAUUACGGCGAAGCUUUGGCGAUGAAAGCUUACAGGUCGUUCACUUUGAUUCGACAAGACUGUUACCUGCAGGAGAAAAUUACUGUAGUAUUAUGAUCAAGCUGGACGUAUUAGUGCGCCAAGAUAACGAAGAGAAAAUGUUACAUUUAGUGGCGAAAACGCCGAAUCCGGCGGAUAAUGCUGUUAUUGAGUGGCCUAUAGUUUUCAAAAAAGAACUGUUUAUGUACGUUGAGUUAUGUCCGUUGUACAGAGAACUUGAUAGGGAAAGUCUUAUCGAGGAAUGUGAAGUGAUCAACAUUUGGCCAAAAUAUAUUGGCUACAGAAAUUCACUGCAGGGUGGCGACAAGAUCGACUACGACUCAUCGAUGUUGUUGGAGAAUCUCAAACAUCACGGGUUUUACACUUUUGAUAAGCGGCAAGGUUUGGACGUGGAACACGCUCGGAAAGCGUUGACUUCAUUGGCAAAGUAUCAUGCGUUAGGCAUCGCCAUGAAGCAAAAACGACCUGCAAUGGCGAAAAAAGCUAUAACGCAGGCCCGAGUAUUAGGAAUUGAUUUUGUGCACAUGAACGACGGCUACGACAAUGUAAUGCAGACAUUCCAGGAGGAGCCAGCCCUGCAAACGCACAUGAGUGCCAUCGAGUCGUGUUUCGAGCAAGCGAAGGAUGGCAAACCCUACAAGGAAAUGCCUAUCGAGCCGUGGGCCACGAUAACGCACGGCGACUUUUGGGUCAACAACAUGCUCUUCCAUAAAGACGAGGCUCGCAACGUCGACGACGUCAAGUUCAUCGACUUUCAGACCUACCUCUACAGUAGUCCUCUCAAGGACUUGCCAUAUUUUUUCAGUGGCAGUCUCAAUAAGUCCGCACAGACUAGGUAUCUUAAAGAGCUGAUAGACGUCUACUAUAAAACCUUCAUCAAGACUCUCAAGCGUACCGGCUGUGAUUUUUCACUUUUCACGAGGUCAAGCUUCGAUCGUGAGCUCAAGAAGCAGGCGAUCAUUCAGUUUCCAAUUUCUGCUUUGACGUGCAAGUUUUUAGUAUCUGACGUUGAAACUUAUGGUGACGAGAGCAAUGAAAGGGUACUCAAUAAUGUAUUUAAUACUAAAGCAAGCGAUGCUUUUAUAAAUAAGUUGCAUGCUCUUAUCGAAAUGUACGAGGAAAUGAGAUGGUUUUAAGAUUAAUCACGAGAAUUCAUUUAAUAAGUACCGUAUAAGUCUAAGUUAUGAUGUCGUUUAACCCUCCAUGCUUUUCUAAUGUGUUAUUAAUAUUAGUAGAAUUAUUUUAACUGUCAAAACUCUACGUUAUUCUAUAUUUUACAUUUUUAUAAAAUUAAACCUCAAACGUUGAAUCUAGAAAUUGUUGACAAGAUGCGCUAUAAUAUAAUUUUAGUAAACGAGAAAUUGAUUUAUAUUGAGAGAAAUCAAACACGGUAUCUGCUAUCAUUGUAAUGAUUUUUUUGUUCGGCAUUACGAUGCUAUUGUAGCGUUUAUCACACACAUAUAUAUACAUUUUUUUAUAUCAUAGAUAAGGAAAAUUGUUAAAAACCAAUAAUACCACUAAAAAUUAUGUAUUUAGCUGUUGUACAAGCAUUUUAAAUAAUAAGAUUUGUCUUUACUA